AGGCUCACACACAGGGUGGAUGCUGGGUGGAACCCAAAGUUCCUGUCUGCCGUGUAGCAAGCAGGCCAUUAGUGGCCCAGAAGGGGGCCACUCUCCCAGCAGGGAUGCGCCCUACACUGGGAUAGGUGAGACUGAUGGGGAGGAGCCCAUCAACUUCACCUGAGCAGGGAGGGCUCCUACGGGAGGCCGGACCAGAGCUGCCUCCCGGUCCACCGAGGCUGGUCAGACAAUGCCUGAGCUUCAGGGACACGCGCUGCCAGGCUAUUGUUUGAGGGAAAGAGGGAGCACAGGCUAGGAGAGCAGCCCCACAGCUUCUCAGGGGCCUGCAGGCACCUGGAGUCACUGGGCCAGGCAGCUGGCUGCCCAGUACCACCCAGGGAACCCUCCAGGGGUGUGAGCCCCUUCAGGCCUGUGCCUGCCCAUCUUUCCAGGUUAGCUUGGAGCCAGCCUCACCCUCCCCUGCCCCUAGGACCAGAGGGACAGGGCAUUGUACAGCAGAGGGGAGAACCCUGGGUGCAGGGCCAGGAAGCCAGGUGUUUGGGGUGGGCUCCCCAUGGGUCUGGGGGACCGGAAGCUGGGUGUGCACACAUGGUGGCUUUAUCUGCACAUGGUGGCUGCGCUGCUCCCAUUGUUGGUGUCACUGAGCUUCAGCCUGUCGGCCCUGGACGAAAGGGGGUGGGAGAGCUCUGGUGGCCCUCUGCGCCCUCCUUUUGUGACCCUCUUCCUGGCUGAGGGGGUGAGGGGGGCUCUCUUGACUCUGGAGGCUGCUUCCCGAGCUGACUCUGGUGAUUCUAAGAACGGACGUGCCUCGAGAGUCUCAGGCGCUGGGAGGAGGCGGGCACAGCUGUGUCUGGGGCUCGGAAAGCCCUGAGGAGUAUUUGUUUUGCUGCAGGAGCCAGGGAAAGGGGGUGGCAGGGCCCCUUUCUUGGGGCUCCCCCAGGGAAUACACAGGCCCUGUCUGGUGGAGGCUGGUGAUAGGGCAGGCAGAUUGGGGGCUGGGAGGGAGACUUGCCCUCCUGACCUGGGCCUCCCUAGAGGCUGUGCCUUAACCAAUGAGGAGACCGAGGCCAUCUGUGGGCCGCAGGCUCGUUCAGACACCGGGCUGUGGAAUGCCGAGGCUCCUCAGCCCGAGACCCAGGUCUGGGUCCAUCUGUCUUCCUGGAGGUGUCCUGGGCCUGAGAUGCCAGCCUGUCUGCGCGGCAGCUGGGCUGAGGGGCUGUACCUACAGUGGACCCACUGGUGGAGUUUGGGCUGGACUCAGCAGAGGCCUCCUGCAGGAUAUCGACAAGCAAUAUGUGGGCUUCGCCACACUGCCCAACCAGGUGCACCGAAAGUCCGUGAAGAAGGGCUUUGAUUUCACGCUCAUGGUAGCUGGUGAGUCGGGCCUGGGGAAGUCCACACUGGUCCACAGCCUCUUCCUGACCGACUUGUACAAGGACCGGAAGCUGCUUAGUGCUGAGGAGCGCAUCAGCCAGACCGUAGAGAUCCUGAAGCACACUGUGGACAUCGAGGAGAAGGGGGUCAAGCUGAAGCUCACCAUUGUGGACACGCCCGGCUUUGGGGAUGCUGUCAACAACUCUCAGUGCUGGAAGCCCAUCACCGACUAUGUGGACCAGCAGUUUGAGCAGUACUUUCGGGAUGAGAGUGGCCUCAACCGCAAGAACAUCCAAGACAACAGGGUGCACUGCUGCCUGUACUUCAUCUCCCCCUUCGGGCACGGGCUGCGGCCCGUGGACGUGGGCUUCAUGAAGGCUCUGCACGAGAAGGUGAACAUUGUUCCCCUCAUUGCCAAAGCGGACUGUCUCGUCCCCAGCGAGAUCCGGAAGCUGAAGGAGCGGAUUCGGGAGGAGAUUGACAAGUUUGGGAUCCACGUGUACCAGUUUCCUGAGUGUGACUCAGACGAGGACGAGGACUUCAAGCAGCAGGAUCGGGAACUGAAGGAGAGCGCACCCUUCGCUGUUAUCGGCAGCAACACGGUGGUGGAGGCCAAGGGGCAGCGGGUCCGGGGGCGACUGUACCCCUGGGGGAUCGUGGAGGUGGAGAACCAGGCGCACUGCGACUUUGUGAAGCUGCGCAACAUGCUUAUCCGAACGCACAUGCACGACCUCAAGGAUGUGACGUGCGACGUGCACUACGAGAACUACCGCGCACAUUGCAUCCAGCAGAUGACCAGCAAACUGACACAGGACAGCCGUAUGGAGAGCCCCAUCCCCAUCCUGCCACUGCCCACCCCGGACGCUGAGACGGAGAAGCUCAUCAGGAUGAAGGACGAGGAGCUAAGGCGCAUGCAGGAGAUGUUGCAGAAGAUGAAGCAGCAGAUGCAGGACCAGUGACUCCGCCCCAGCUCCAUGUUGCCAUGGAUACACUGCCAGUUUGCAGGCUGGCCCUUCCCACCCCUGGACCCUAACUGGCCUGGACUCAACCCUGGAUUCAUCUGGAUCCCCUACAGGCCUGGACAGAGCCCCAAUCCCAGAAUGGUCCAGACCCAGACUGUUCCUGACCUGACCUGGAAACGCAGGGUCACAGCCCCCAGCCAACCCUAAUUUAUUCUCAGCACCAAUUCCUCCCUCAUUUGUACCUGCUUCCUGGGGGCCUGACAACAGCACGCACAGCUGGGCCCUCUGGCCUUGGGGGGCAGUGGCUGGGCUGGGUGUGACUUCUGAGAUCUACCCCUACCCCAGAAGUUCACAUGCUUAGACUCCAGUCCCUACUCGGGGAGGGUGGGUGCACCAAGGCAGAGGAGAGGAGCAACCCCCCAGGACCCCGGGCUUAGACCCCACCCCAGUGCUGCUGAGCAGGCCUGGCAGCCCUCAUGUGCCUGCCUCCACGGGCCGCCCAGCAUAUGCGGGGACCUUACUUUGUGGGAGGUAGGCCCAGCCCUUCCUUACCUCCUCACCCCUCCACCCUGUCACCACUGCGUAGCUCAGCAGGCUGGGUGGGCAGCCGAAGCACUUUGGGGCCCUCUAGACCUAAGGAGGCCGGCUGGCUGUGGGCAGUGAGGACCUCUAAAGCCGGGAGGCCUGUGACUGCCCAUGCUCCUCCCCCAUGGCGAUGGCCUGGCCUGAGGGCUCCAGGACAGCGGGCAGUAGGCAACUUGGCAAACUCUUACCCAUAGACUGCCACUCCCUGCCUGUCUCUGGAGGUCCCUGUGUCCCUCCCCCAGGCAGGACGGUCGCCCUGGGUUCCCUAGCCCUUGGCCCCAUCUCUCCACCCGCAUGAUCCCUUUCCCCAAACCCCAUUCUCCAGUUUUGUUCAGUUGUGAAUGCCGCCUCCUGUCCCGGUGACAGGAGAACAGUGUUGGUGAACGUC